UUUCGCACGCAGUACGAUUUUGAUGGUGUAUGACACUGCUGUAUGUUGCGAUCUAUACCAUCGUUUUAUGAGUAAAUCCAGAUUAAAUUUUGAUAAUUAUUUGGUACCGUAUUAUUACUUUUCUAGAAUUUGUUGAUUGCAAAAGUAUUUUCGUUGAUUUUUCUUUUUGGCUGGGUAUCGUAAAGAUAUAGACAACUCAUACUAGUCAUAAUUCUUAUUACCAAACUAUCAAUCCAAAAUUUUCGCAGUAAUUCAGAGCUGUAGCUGCAGUGUAGCAUAACUCUUGGACCUUGGAAUUUGUUGGAGAGUUUUUAUUUGGCACUGGCAGUGAGACGGAGCACCAAGUGACGAAACUAGCGAAUCUUUUCGUUGGUUUCUGUUGACCUUGGAAGAUUAUCAAAGAUGGAUGCUCCACCAACAUACGACGAAGCUAUCUUGGCCAAAGGCCAGAGUGGAAGCAACCCUUUGGUUGCGAAGCCCAUGGGGGCACCAGUUGGCCCACAUGCUCCUCCGUUUAACCCAUACUAUCCUCCGCCGCAGCCAGGUCCAGUUUACGCUGCGCCAGAAGCAGUCCCGCAGUCAUACCAGCAACCGCAGAUGGUUACCGUCACCAUGGUCCCAACCACUACCAGAACGGUCAUUGUUGAGAAGCAUUCCAGUGUUAAUCAUUGUCUGCACUGCCUCAUCACGCUGAUCUUUUGGCCGUGGAUUUUUGUGUGGAUAUUUUUGUGCUUGGUGUCGGAGUAAUCGGAUUUCUCGAAGAUCGUCCUUUUUUCCCUCGGCAAAAUUUUCAUCCGGACGGAGCUUUGGCGGAGCUGGCUUUCCUCAUGGUUUUAAAUUUAAAAUCAACUUUCGACGCGCGCAUCGUUUCUCAGUUCGCAUGGUCAUGGAAGUUUAUGCGUAUUCUUAGGUUUUUUGGAUCUGGCAGAUUUUUAUCCACAUCCGCUGAUGCGGGAUUAAUAGCUUGCAGUCUUCGCUGCUUCUCUAAUUGUAAAUUACACCGCUACUCUCUUUCUUAAUUAAUAGUUCUUGCUAUACCAAACUGCAGCCGCACAUUUGACCUUCUGUUAUUGGUUUUCUUGGGUGUGGGACUUGGAAGUGUAACGGUGACAUUUGAUUCCUCAUUGCGAAGUACAUCCGCUUAACGUCGAGUUACCUGUUAUUAGAAUGUUAGCAUUGCCUUAACAAGGAGCUUAUUUAAAUAUAUUGGUUGUGAUAAAACCGUCUACAGUCUGUACAAGGUUGUGAAUACGUUAUUAUCGCUAAAUAUUAAAACGCCGUUGACCAUGA